AUGCUUCGAACAGCUCUUCUUGGUGCCGCCCUCGCGGGCCUCGCCGCCGCCGACAUGACCGUCAUCGUCGCCACCGACGUGCCGCCUCUCCCCCUCCAGACCCAAUCCGCCGUGCUCUCGGCCGGAGACCUCUGGGCUCAGAGCCUGCCCGAGGAGCGCCCGCCGCAGACUCCAUACAACGCCUCCCUGCUGCUCUCCAAGUACACGCCCGAGUUUGACGUGGCCGACACGCGGGCCUUUGCCCCCAACACCAUCUACCCGUCCUCAGACAGCGUGGUGCGCGGCGCCCUCGAGGCCUGGGCCCAGCACCAGCACCUCGUGCUGCGACCCGACGAGGUCUGGUUCGAGGUCCUCGCCCAGCUCAACUUUUACAUGGCGGCCCACGCCGAGGAGGUGCGCCACCUGUUCGUCGACUUUGACGGCCAGGAGGAGAUUGUUGUCAAGGCCUUUACCUGGCGAGACGUCAUCUCGAGCUUCGCCGGGGAAAUUCAGAAGCGCGUCAAGACGGACUGGCUCAAGGAGUGGAUCAUGCCCGGCUUCAGCACGAGCAACGAGGACGACGGCAUGACGGCCACGGUGCUCAUGAUGGGCCUCGUGAAGCAGUACUUUUCCUUCACAGGCGGCAUCAUCUGCGGCCUACCUCAAGUGACGCUCCUCGGCACCCGGGACGACUGGGCCCGGCUCGUCGAGAAGCUGGAUCGCCUGUCCGAGUUUGGCGAGGAGCCCCAGGAAUACGCGGAGAACCUGCGGCCCAUCUUCAACCGCUUCGUGCGGACCUUUGACGAGCCCGACAGCGAGGAGAUCAAGACGUUUUGGCGCCAGAUCGUCCGCGCGGAGCACCACAUGACCUGCGGCAAGGGAGCCAUCGAGUUCAACAUCACCGGCUGGAUCCUGGGCCUGCUGUACUGGAACGAGAACGGCGGCCUGCGCGUGCCCAAGCCGAGCCCCGAUGGCCAGCACUACUACGUGCAGGGCAGCGGCGGCGUCACGCUCGACGGCGUCGAGUACCAUGGCCACCCCAUGGACAAGCUGCCCGUGGGCUACGCCCGGGUGCCGCUGAAGAUGCUCGACUUCCCGCAGCCCGGCACCGACAGCGACGCCUACCUGGUGGCAGGCAACAUCGGCGUGAACCGCACGGCGGCGGUUGAGGAGGGCGGGUACGCGCGCGCGCAGCCGAUGAGCUCGUGGUUCAUGUUCGGACCCGUGGACAAGAGCCACAACCAGACGGGCGCGCUCGGCAGCUUCAAGGAGCUCAACGCGAUGGCGAUGGGCAUGGAGGAGCAGCCGAGCUGUCCCGGCUACCAGAAGCCGUGGGACCCGGCGACAUCUCAGCAGUGA